GCCGCCGUCCCCUCGCCGCAGGUGCCGCCGCCGCGUCCCGGGGAGAGGAGCCGUUGCCGGUCCGGCCGGCGGCCGCCCAGGCCGGGGAGGAGCCGCCGGAGAAGCGAUGCAGAAAGCCAUUACCAUCACUGAGCAGCCAGUCUCCGUCUCUGUCCCAGUGGGAUACUCCUUCACACUGCGGUGCCGAGCCGAGGGACACACCUUGCUGGAGUACCAGUGGUUUUGUCAGCACCAGUCUGACUCCUGCCAGAUUCCUGGAGCAACCAACCCAGACUUGCCCAUUAUUGCUGAGCAGACCCAGCUGUACACCUGCAGAGUCAAUGACCUCUACAGAAAUGUUGUCUUCUCUGACUGGGUGAAGGUGGAGGUCCAUCAGUGUGUCGCCAGAGGUUUGCCCCCUCGGCUGUGGCGAGGAGAGCCCGUCAUCAUCCUCAACCCCACAGAGCAGCGAGUGGAGGUGGGGAAGCCACUGCAGCUGCAGUGUGCUGCCAUGGGGGCCCCAGCCCCCUGCUACCAGUGGUACCGGAAUGGGAACCUGCUGGAACAGCACAAGAGAAAAAAACUCUGGAUCACCCAUGCCAAGGUCAGUGACUCAGGCACGUACCUCUGCUGUGCCUCCAACAGUCACGGAGAGCACUGGACCAACGCUGUGGACGUUCACGUAGGUACGUGUGGCUCUGAAAAGUUUUUUGCUACAGGCAAAAUAGCACUUUUAGUGGGCAACAACCGCUACCAGCAUCAUCCCAACCUCAUGGCUCCUGUCAAGGAUGUGUUUGAGCUGAGUCGUCUUCUGGAACAGCUGGGCUUCCAGGUUGUCUCCCUCCUGGAUCUGAACAAGGCUGAGAUGGCAGCAGCGGUCAGUCAGUUCCUGCAGCUCCUGGAAAAGGGAGUCUAUGCUAUAUUCUACUAUGCCGGGCAUGGGUACGAACAUCUGGGGAGGAACUACAUGGUCCCUGUUGAUGCCCCCCAGCCCUACGCCCCUGAGAAUUGCAUCAGCGUGCAGAGGAUCCUCCAGAAGAUGCAGCAGCAGCAGACAGCCCUGAACAUCAUCUUGCUGGACACCUGCAGGAAGUGGUACAACCCGGGACGUGCCCUCUCCCAGGUGCAGCCGCUGGAGCCCUGGGGAAAUACUGUCUAUGGCUAUGCCACGAGUGAAGAUGCAGAAGCCUAUGAACUGCAGGAUGGGGAGUUCAGCUCUGGGAUCUUCAUGAAAUACCUGAAGAAACACAUUCUGAAAGAGAAGAAGGUUACACACAUGUUAGAGGAUGUGUUGGAAGACAUUGGCCGGGAUGCCCUGGUCACUGGGAAGCAGGUGAUGGAGAUCAAACACACCCUGAAGGAAGCCCGGUCCCUGACAGACCCCAUCUGUCCCCCCGGUGCAGGUGCCGAGCGCUGGGGACACAGCCACGAGCCGCUGAGCAGAACACUGACCUUCCCCUGCGGGGCCCGGGCAGAGCUCCGCUUCCUGCGGCUCUUCUCCAACCUGAUGUCCGUGUGUGCCAAGCUGCAGCCCCCCCCGGCCCACAUCGCUGCCCCCCGCCUCCUGCUCUGCCAGCCCCCGGAGAUGGAGGCCGUGGCCAUGCAGAGGGAGAGCCGUCUGGACCAUGUGGAGACUCUGCUCGCCUCCGUGUACAAGUGGGAGGAGCAGGACUGUGUCUUCCAGCUCUGCGGACUUCAGAAAAUUCAGACGGAUGUGGUCCUGCAGUUGGAUUUGCAUUACACUCAGCCGAGCACAAAGCAGAGGACUUGUGAAAGCCUGCGAACGACCCUCCAGAAAUCCCUGCUGGGGCAGUUUUUCAGCCAGAGGAACGACUCUCAGCCAGACUCCCAGCGAACUCCUGCCAGCACAGGCAGUGCGUGCCUCCGGGACACACCGGACCCAAAGGGACAAGGAUCCCUGAGGACAGGCUCUGGCCAAAGCUUGCCCAGCAGCAGCCCCUCCACCUUCAGCAGCGAGCCCGAGGAGAACGACGAGAGCGACCUGGGUGAGCUCUGCUCGGCGCUGCUCCGGGCUGGCCCCUGACCCUCCGCCCUGGUUUUAAUUGAGGCAACAGCUCUUCAAGUGCUGAAUCCUUCGGAAUCCACAGCUGCCUCCCAGUCUCGGCAUCACCCUGUCCCAGUGAGGCCAAGGAUGCUUUCCUGGAAAGGCUUCUCCAAUCUGCACCCUGUGGCGUGCGGGGCCUGAAGCCCCCAGUCCCGCGUGAGUGUCGGGAUCAGUGGGGAGUCACUGUGGUGUCUGCAGAGGACAGGGCCACCCGGCCAGUCAUAACACUGCCAAAGCACUGCUGCAAGUCAAGGGCACUGCUGGUAUUUUCUGCCCGAAAACAAAUGUUGCAGCAUUAAAUGUGAUGAGAAACCCCCAAACACUACAGCCCCAGCUCCAGUCCCAGCCGUGGCUGCUGGCUGCCAUCACACCUGUGCAAGGGACACGGGGCUGCACCGAGGGGACCAGGUGAAAUGGUGUGAGCUCUCCCCGGGGUCAUUUUCUUCCCAUGCCUGUAUCAAAGCAGGUGUUAAGUUAUGCAUUUAUGUGUUUCUGAAGAAUGUAUUUAUAGGUGGGGGGGCAGUCACUUGCCAGGAAAAGGAAGUUCCGUCCAGUGUGUGUUUAGGGGGGAGGCUGGUUUUCCACCAGGAACAGCCACCAGGAGUAGCAGG